UCGUUUCUCUCUCUUACUACCACUAGCUCAUCUUCGAUGACUCCCUCAACGACGCCCACUGCGAGCAUAGAAGAACAGGAGGAGACCUUCUUUGUCCAGGAUGUCCCUGGCAAUGGCAAAGGGGUUGUCGCUGCACGGUCUAUCAGGAAGGGAGAGUUUCUCUUCUCCGAGCCGCCCCUGUUCACACUCAACCCCUCCCCGACAAACUCGAUGCUCCUAGGCGCGCUCUCCAAGUGCACCAGAGACGAGCAGCGUCAGUACUUCACCCUUGCAAACUCGUAUCGCAAACGUCUCCUGCCUGCUUUGGCCAUCUGGGAAACGAACUUCCUUCUACUCGGGAACGGCACACAUCUCAAAGCGGCCCCACAGCCCCUCGGCGAGCUCGCUGGCAUCUUUCUCCUCGCCUCUCGCAUCAACUCGUCAUGCACACCGAACGUGAGCAAGUCCUGGGACGAGAUCCGAAAUGUUAUGGUCUUUCGAACGCUACGCGAUGUACAAGACGGCGAAGAGCUAUGCUUCAACUACUGCGAUGUGCUCUCAGCACAGGAUGAGCGCAAACGGACCCUGAUGGAGGAGUUCGGGUUCGACUGCACAUGCGAUGCAUGCAGACUCGGAGGAGAAGAGGCGGUGGAAAGCGACAGGAGGCGGACAUCGAUCUUGCGGUUGUUCGAUGAGGUGGGGCGGUGCGCGAAGGAACCAACCCUAGGCAUUCGCAAGAUUAAGCUAGCAUUGCAGAUGCUGAAAGAAGAGUCGUUGAUACACUAUGAAGCGUCGUUCUGCUAUGACGCCUUUCAAUUCUGCGUGCUUGUUUCGGACUUUGCAAAUGCGAAGGCAUGGAUACGACGAGCAUGGGAAGUGUCCUGCAUCACGUCCGGGCCAGAUAGCAAUGCGGCGCGCAUGUUCAAGGUCUACUGGGCGAAUCCUCGCUCGCACACACUAGCUGCUGCGCUACCGAAGGCGACGUUGUCAGGGCCCGAUUGAUGUGCGAUACCAGUAUGUUCGACCAGCUACUUGCCUAUAGACGCUGCGUAGGGUGGGAUGUUCCAGUCCGCAUUGGAAGUUUAUCUAGAGUUUGAGUUUCAUGUAACGUGUGUUCAUGCUAUUCAUCCCGACUAUGCUGGUAUGUUCUAUCUUAAGUAAAUAUAACUAUUAUCAUCGCCUUAC